CUUGUAUGUGUGUGCGUGUGUGUGUGUGUGCCUAUGUGUGUGGAUGGGAAUGUGCCACCCUCCAGCGCCUGCCUGAGCCCUUAGCCAGCGCCUGCUCUGCCUGAUUGUCUCCUGGCAGGAACAAUGUGGGUUUGCACUGGGGGUCCCAGACCCCUGUCCCCGCCUGUGGAAACCGUGUGAAAGGCAGAAGGGGGCAACGCACGGAGGAGGAGGAGGAGGAGGAGGAGGAGUGUGUCCGUAGCAGGAGGAGGGGUGGAAAAAAGGAAGCCCUCAUGGAAGUAUGAAGGAGAUGGUGGGAGGCUGCUGCGUUUGUUCUGACGAGAGAGGAUGGGCAGAGAACCCGCUGGUCUAUUGCGAUGGACACGGUUGCAACGUGGCUGUACAUCAAGCUUGCUAUGGAAUCGUCCAGGUUCCCACCGGACCCUGGUUCUGUCGAAAAUGUGAAUCUCAAGAGAGAGCCGCCAGGGUGAGAUGCGAGCUGUGUCCCCACAAAGACGGAGCCCUGAAACGGACCGACAAUGGAGGCUGGGCCCAUGUCGUCUGUGCUCUGUACAUCCCCGAGGUGCAGUUCGCCAACGUGCUGACCAUGGAGCCGAUUGUCCUGCAGUACGUACCUCACGACCGUUUCAGCAAGACUUGCUAUAUCUGCGAAGAGCAGGGCAGGGAGAGCAAAGCAGCCUCUGGGGCUUGUAUGACCUGCAAUCGACAUGGCUGCCGGCAAGCCUUCCAUGUCACCUGCGCCCAGAUGGCUGGCCUCUUGUGUGAAGAGGAAGUCCUGGAAGUCGACAAUGUCAAAUAUUGUGGCUACUGCAAGUAUCACUUCAACAAAAUGACAUUGCGUCACUCUGGAGGCAGCUCCUUCAUCGCCGGGAGAAGAAGCCGGUCUGUGUCACCCGCUCAGGAGAAGCCUGUCUCCCACCAUGAGAGGCCAAAGAAGAGUCGGAAGGACAAGGAAAGACCUAAACAGAAGCACAAAAAACAUCCAGAGUCUCCCACCAGCCUCGCCCCGUCCUCUGUGCCCGUCCCUGCUGAGAAGGGUUCCACCGGGCACCAUGAAGGUAGCAAAGAGACCUCGGAGGUCGGCAGGUCAGAGGUGAAAGGCAAGAAGUCCUCGAGUCAUGGCACCAGCCACAAGGGGAAAAAGACGGGAAGUGGGAAAAGCUCCACCAGCUUCACCUCAGCUCCCUCCAGCAGCACUUUCCAGCCUGCAGGCACCUCAUGCAGCUCCCUGCAGGGCUCCCAGGAUUUUGUGACAUUCCCCAAGCUCGAGCAGGAAGAAGAGAAGUACCGGAAGCCCGUCUCCUCCUCCUCCUCCUCUUCCCACUGCUCCCCGCUGUACGAAGGGCAGAAAGGGGACGUCUUCGAGCAGAAGGUCAUAUUCUCGGGCUUCGGCUCUAUCAUGCGCUUCUCCACCUCGGCGGUGAGCCAGCAGCGGGGCCGCGUUGCCUCCCCCGUGGACUACAAGGCCUCGAACCCAGUCAGCGGCCCCUCGGGGGGAGGUGGUGGCACCGGCGGCGGCAGCCACAAGCGCAUGCCCUCCCUCAGCAUCGAGGACGGGGAGGUGCUGAAGGAGAAGAAGCACAAAGGCAGCAAGAAAAGCAAGCACGGGCCUGGCAGGCCGAAGGGAGGCAAGAACAAGGAGAUGCUGGGCACCCAGCUGGCUGGGUCCACGUCUACCUCCUCCUCACCCUUCUCCGCGGGCUCCCUCGUCAGCUCCAGCAUCGGCAACUCAUCCCGGUCCUUCAGCCACACUGGGACCCUGCCCAGCCUCAGCCUGGAGUCCCCCCUGCUGGGCUCAGGGAUCUACACCAGUAACAAGGACCCCAUUUCCCACGGGGGCGGGGUGCUCCGGGCCGUGUGCAGCACCCCCCUCUCCUCCAGCCUCCUCGCGCACCAAGGCACCUCCUCGCUCCCACAGCUCAACCGCUCCCCUUUUGCUAGCACCAUCCCGGCCUCCUCCUCUUCCGCGGUGUCCACCACCCAGGUGUUCUCGCUGGCAGGAUCCACCUUUAGCCUCCCCUCCUCGCACAUUUUCGGAAGCCCCCUGACCUCUGGCCUGUCUAUGAACCCUCUCUUGAACCAGUCUGAAAGCAGCCGGGCAGAGCCUGACCUGGAAGACUGCAGUUUUGGCUGCCGAGGAACCUCCCCGCAGGAAAGCCUCUCCUCCAUGUCCCCCAUCAGCAGCCUCCCCACCCUCUUCGACCAGACCGUGUCCUGUAGCAGCAGCGGGCAGCUGGAGAACGUCCCCCAGGCCACCCCCAAUAUCGAGCAGCUCCUGGAGAAGCAAGGCAAUGGAGAAGCCGGCGUAAACAUUGUAGAAAUGCUCAAGGCCCUGCACUCCCUGCAGAAGGAGAACCAGCGGCUGCAGGAGCAGAUCAUGACCCUGACAGCUAAGAAGGAGCGGCUGCAGCUCCUCAACGUCCAGCUCUCUGUCCCCUUCCCAGUGGUGACCACCAGCAACGGCCCUUCCGGCCACGCCCAGUACAUCCUGCCUGCCAAUGUGUGCAACAGCGACUCCCUGAGCAUCAACAAGAACUCCCCCUGCAAGAACAGCUUUGGGAUCGAGAACUCCCUCUCCACCUCCUCCGAGGAUCCGCACUCGGGCUGCCCCAGCCGAAGCAGCUCGUCCCUCUCCUUCCACAGCACCCCUCCUCCCCUGCCGCUGCUGCAGCAGAGCCCCACCUCGCUGCCCCUCCCUGGGGUGCAGCAGCAGGUCAACGGCCUGGCCAGGGUGACGGCUGGCUCGCUGGGGGGAAGUGCGGCAGCCAGUCACGGCCUGCCCACAGGGCCCGGGGUGGAUGGCCUGCUGGGGAGCCUGGCGGGAGGCCAGCAGCUGCCCAUGAAUGGGCUGCUGGGGAAUCUGAACGGAGCUCCGGCCGCCCAGCCGCAGAACCCUCUGACGCAGGCGAGCGGGCCACCCGCCCUACAGCUCUCCACCAACCUGAGCAGCGUGCCAGGCCUGAGCCCCCUGACGGAGCAGCAGCGGCACGUCCUGCACCAACACGAACACCAGCUGCAGCAGCUGCAGCAGCUCCUGACGUCCCAGCCGUUUAAUCCGGAGCAGCAGGCCUUGGUGUUCCAGAUGAUGCAGCAAAUCCAGCAGAAGAGGGAGUUGCAGCGGCUUCAGAUGACGGGCACCUCCCAGCUGCCCAUGACCAAUCUGCUGACGGCCACCUCCACGCCCCUCCUCCACUCGAGCGCCCUGAUGACCUCCACCGCCGCGCCCCCUCCCAGCGGCAGCUCCCUCCUGGCGUCCAUCUCCCCCCAGCAGCUCAACCCCGGCAACAGCCUGAUGGGGACCCCGACAGCCCCGCCCCUGAGUGCUCCGGGGAACAGCUUGAUGGCUUCAGGGGCGGGAGUCCCACCGGUCCUUUCCACACAAACCAACCCCUUCCUCAACCUCCAGGCGGACAGCAGUGCCCAGAAAGGAACGAGCAUGAGUGAAAAGGGAGCUGCUGUCACCCAGGACAAGGGCUAA